CGUUCAUCGCGUGGAUCCUUUCGUCCCUGCACGAGAAUCUUGGGAACACCGUGAUGGCCGUCAGGUUCACGAUCCUGGUGCUGCUGACCACCACCGUCGUCGUCGUGUCUGCCGCUGGAUUGCUCGAGACGCUGCUCUCCUGGGACCUGCCGGAUGCCAUGGGCAGAUCAACCGCGCCACAGUCGCAAUGUCUCUGUCAGACCUCCAACUGCUUGUGUUGCAUCGAUCUGAACCUGACGGCAACCAUCGACCUGGGUGGGCCAGCGUGCAUCAAUGUCAAGCAGAAGGAGCAAAACAUCUCGUUGAACCUUAGCUACGGCGACAAUCCCGUGCACAAUGCUACCAUUAAGAUCGUGGACGCAGCCAACAAACCGACCUGCAUGAACCUUCUGUCGGACCUGGCGCAAAUAUGCGCGAAAUUUACGUCCAUCAGGCAGGCGGAAGCUGGCUACGACGGCUGCCUGGUGAUCGAGCCUGCUCUGCUGGGCACACCGCAAGCCACUUACCACAUGGGAUGCUUCAAUUUCAAUCAGGUGGUGCGGCAGAUCGAAGCCUUUGCCGUCACCGAGUCGACCGAGGCCACCGACAACUCGGAGGACGAGGACGAUCCUUUGAACACGGAGGAAUUCAUAGCCGCGGUGUCAGCGAGCGCUGAGCAAGGUAUAGCUCUGUUCUCUCAAUGGCUGGGGCUGAAUUUGAACCCGAAACUAAACCUGACCAAUCACGAGACGAGCCAACGAGCCGUCCCGUCGACGACCUCUAGAUCAGCUCGAGCUCACUGGGAGCAGGAGGAAAAGAACGACGAACGGUUCAAGCAACUGCUCAGUGCUCAGGACAACGUUCUAAAGGGCUCGGCGACGAUUGGCCAAUCGAACGGAGCCGAAACGACGUUCGUUUAUUCGAAACCCUCCGAGCUAUUCUCGUCGGAGAAGAGUAUGGACGAGAGAAGAAUCGACCAGGUGAAAAUCCAGCCCCAACACCUGGCCGUGGUACCGAAAGAGUCCAGGAGGGGCGGUAGGGCGUACAACAUUCAUCAGCACGUGAACGAGAUCUGA